UAAAAAAAAAACAGCUAGCAAAACAUGGCAGAAUUUGUUUCGUUUCCCUUUCUGUCACAGCGAUUUGGUAAAUACACGGAAAAUAAAUUCCGCCCUUUGAUACUAUUUGCAUAGAUAGAUAACGCUUGUAAGUGACUAAUGCCUUGGAUUAAUUAUUGUUUCUCCAGCUGACCGCUGGGAGUUAUCAAUGCCGAGUCCAUUUUCCAGUUGUUAAUGUGUGUGGUGGAGUGUUCGUGUUGUAAAUGUUGAUUUGGUAAGAAGCAGGCUUCAGUGGCUUCCGUAGGCCUCCGAGAACAAGUGCUCCUCUAAAAUGGAAGGUGGCAACGACCAGGAUCGUGACCGCGCGCAGUUGGGAGUGGACUAUAGCGCAGUAGAGGGGGAUGGAGACCGUGGGAGGUAUAGCCUGCUGGUGCGCUGCGCGUCGCAGUCGUCGCUGGACGAGUCGUCGCAGCGGCCGGCGGGCGAGGCGGCGGCCGACGCGGCGGCGCCCGCGCACGCGCACAAGCUGCUGGACGCGCUCGCGCGCCUGCGCCGCGGCGCCGCGCUCUGCGACGUGCAGCUGCAGGCGCAGCUGGAGAGCGACGACCCGCCGUCGGCCGGCGUGUGGGCGCACCGCGCCGUGCUGGCGGCCGCGUCGCCGUACUUCCUCGCCAUGUUCACGCAGUUCGGCGAGCGCACGCAGGCCUCCGUCACCAUACAGAACAUCGAUCCUGAAGCCUUAGAAGCCAUCAUCGAGUACAUAUACACGCCUGAGUCGCUCGUGAUCACCGAGGACAACGUGCAGAGCCUGCUGUCGGGCGCGUCGCUGGUGCAGGUGUGCGGCGUGCGCGCGGCGUGCUGCGGCUUCCUGGCGGCGGCGCUGGCGCCCGACAACGCGCUGGGCAUCCGCGCCUUCGCCGAGCUGCACGCCUGCGCCGAGCUGGCCCGCGCCGCCGCGCGCUACAUCGACGCGCACGCGCAGCACGUGCUCGAGGCCGACGAGUUCCUGGCGCUGGCGCCCGACGCGCUGUGCCAGCUGCUCGACAGCGACCGCAUCACGGUGCCGAAUGAAGAAGUGAUUCUAGAUGCCGUCAUACGCUGGAUGCAACACGAUGCAGAGGAGCGCGCGGCGCAGCUGGGCGCGGUGCUGGAGCACGUGCGGCUGCCGCUGCUGGCGCAGGACGUGCUGGUGGCGCGCGCCGCCGCCGAGCCGCUCGUCAGCGCCGGCAUCCGCGUCAAGGACCUGGUGAUCGAGGCGCUGUCGUUCCACCUGCUGCGCGGCGAGCGGCGCGCGGCGGCGGCGGCCGGCAUGCGGCGCGCGCGUCCCCGGGCCGGCGCCCGCGCCGCCGGCGCCAUGGCGCUGCUCGUCGUCGGCGGGCAGGCGCCCAAGGCGAUCCGCGACGUGGAGGCGUACCACAUGGGCUGCGGGCGCUGGCGCGGCGUGGCGUGCCUGCCGGCGCGGCGCUGCCGGGCGGGGCUGGCGCGCGUGGGCGGCCGCGUGUGGGCCGUGGGCGGCUUCAACGGGACGCUGCGCGUGCGCUCCGUCGACGUGUACGACGUGGCCGCCGACAGCUGGGCGCCCGGCCCGCCGCUGGCCGCGCGCCGCUCCACGCUGGGCGUGGCCGUCAUCGGCUCCGUCGUCUACGCCGUGGGCGGCUUUGACGGCGUCACGGGGCUGAGCUCGGCCGAGGCGCUGGACACGGCGGCGGAGGGCGCGGGCGAGGCCGCCUGGCGCGCCAUCGCGCCCAUGUCCACGCGCCGCUCGUCCGUGGGCGUGGCCGUGCUGGACGGCCGCCUGUACGCCGUGGGCGGCUACGACGGCGCCUCGCGCCAGUGCCUGCAGACCGUCGAGAGGUACGACCCGGCGCGCGACGCGUGGGAGCCGUGCCCCGAGAUGAGCGCACGGCGCUCGGGCGCGGGCGUGGGCGCGGUGGGUGGCGCGCUGUACGCGGUGGGCGGCCACGACGGGCCGGCCGUGCGCCGCUCCGUGGAGCGCUACCGGCCCGACGCGGGCGGCUGGGCGCCGGCGCCGCCGAUGCACACGGCGCGCCGCAACGCCGCCGUCGUGGCGCACAAGGGCAAGCUGUACGUGGUGGGCGGCGACGACGGCGCGGCCAACCUGGACUCGGUGGAGGUGUUCGACCCGGCGGCGGAGGCGUGGACGCUGCUGGGCGAGCGCAUGUCGGUGGGCCGCUCGUACGCCGGCGUGUGCGUGGUGGAGUGGGGCGCCUGAUGCCGCGCGCGCGCCCCC